AUGACGUUAGCCGUCGUUCCUCACCUCUCCCCCUCACUCAGUGUGGGUAGCCCUAACCCGCGCCGCUCGCCUCUGCUGCGGAGGCAUCUGUUUGGCUUCAGCGGACUGUGCGGUGGAUUGAAGUCAGGUGUUGGUGUGGAGGGUUUGGCCUUUGUCGUUGGCUGUGGCAGGUCACCGGGAGGCUGCAAAUCUGAUUCACCUUACAAGAUUUACAAUCAGGUGAAAUUUGGAACCUGUAACACUCCCAAGCCAAGCUUCUUUGAUUUUGAGGGAAAGCAGAAAUGGGAGGCUUGGAAAGCCCUGGGAGACACCAGCCCUCAUCAAGCUAUGCAGGAGUAUGUUGCUACAGUGAAAAAACUGGACCCCAGUUGGAAUCCACAGACAACAGAGAAGAGGGGAAAAGAAAGCAAAACUGCAUUUGGAGGCCCAGUUGUCAGCUCAUUAUAUCAAGAAGAAACAAUCAGGGAAGAGGACAAGAACAUUUUUGAUUACUGCAGAGAAAACAACAUUGACUAUGUAACCAAAGCCAUUCGAUCAAAGAAAGUGGAUGUGAAUGUCACAGAUGAGGAGGGCCGGGCUCUGCUCCACUGGGCGUGUGACAGAGGACACAAGGAGUUGGUUUCAGUACUGUUACAGCACGCUGCUGAUGUUAACAGCCAGGAUGGGGAAGGCCAGACUGCACUCCAUUACGCUGCUGCCUGCGAGUUUUUGGACAUCGUAGAGCUGCUGCUGAAGUCAGGCGCCGACCCCACACUCCGGGACCAGGAGGGCUGCUUGCCAGAGGAGGUGACAGACUGUAAAGCCAUCACUUCAGCUCUGCAGCAGCACACCACUGGCAAGACCUAAUCCCGCGGCGACGCGUGGCGGGGAGGACAGAGGCACUCCACAAUAACCCCCCUUCUCUUCCCCCGCUGCCCUCCGAAACGCCUUGGGGGUUCGAAGGGGAGCUUUUAGAGCACAGGGUCUGGCUGGGCUCUCCAGCACAAGGGUCAGCUGGCCGAGCACGUAUCCUGGGCAGGAUGGGAUCAGGGUUUUGCAUGCUCUGACAUUUAUCAGUAUUUGGGGGGGAGGGAGCGAGGGAGGGGAGCAAGGGCCUGGAGAAGGUCCCAAGUAUCGUUUUAAUGUAUUAAACACAAGUAUUGCAUUGGAUGUCUCACCAGAGCAGCCUGUGCUGACUGGUCGGCUCCUCCGUGGGAAGGGGAGGGCUGCUGGGCCAGGUGAGAUGCUCAUCUCUCCCGUUUGGGUUGAGUUUUGGGUUUGUUUUUUUUUCCCCCCGGGUCCAAACAAAACAUUAUAAAUAAAAGAAAAGCACAGUGUUGG